GAGGGGGAAGAGGAGGAGCUGCUGGAGGAAGAGGAGGAGGAAUCCUGUCCGUCUGAGUCCAGAGGAGAGGGAUAGGAGCGGCCGCCAUGUUAACCAAGAAGCCCGGAACCUCGGUCCUCCCGACGGGCAAAGUGGGCGAGCCGGUCUACUCUCCGGGUCUCAGCGGCUCUCAGACAGCGUCUCCUGUCGCUCUGCCGAGACUCCGAAACCACAACCUGACGGGAGGCUCUAAAGCUGGGAUGUCGGAGGCUCUGUCCUCUCAGGCGUCUCAUCUUCACGAGGAGAACAGCAACAAGCGAGCGGUUCUGACCUCUCAACCCAACGGUCUGAACCCUGUCGGCUCCUCGAGGCCCGGAGAGCGUCCCGAUCGAUCCGAUAGACCCGAUAGAUCCGACCCCCGGUUGGGCAGCGCCGCCUCCAACAAGUCAGCUGACGGGAAGCUGAAGCUCUCCGCUGCGCUGACCCCAGAUCAGGCCAUGAAGCAGUUUAUGGCCAAGAUGUCGACCCUGGAGCACCACGAGGUGUUCAGCUACCCCGAAGUGUAUUUCGUGGGUCCGAACGCGAAGAAGAGGUCGGGGGUUUUGGGCGGAGCCAACAACGGCGGCUACGACGACGAUCAGGGAUCCUACAUCCACGUUCCCCACGACCACAUCUCGUACCGCUACGAAGUCCUGAAGGUCAUCGGCAAGGGCAGCUUCGGACAGGUGGUGAAGGCCUUCGAUCACAAGUCUCAGUCCCACGUGGCUCUGAAGAUGGUCAGAAACGAGAAGCGUUUCCACCGGCAGGCGGCGGAGGAGAUCCGGAUCCUGGAGCACCUGAGGAAGCAGGACAAGGACUCCAGCAUGAACGUGAUCCACAUGCUGGAGAACUUCACCUUCAGGAGCCACAUCUGCAUGACCUUCGAGCUGCUCAGCAUGAACCUGUACGAGCUCAUCAAGAAGAACAAGUUCCAGGGCUUCAGCCUCCCGCUGGUCAGGAAGUUCGCCCACUCCAUCCUGCAGUGUCUGGACGCGCUGCACAAGAACCGCAUCAUCCACUGCGACCUGAAGCCGGAGAACAUCCUGCUGAAGCAGCAGGGCCGCAGCGGCAUCAAGGUCAUAGAUUUUGGAUCGAGCUGUUACGAGCACCAGAGGGUUUACACCUACAUCCAGUCCCGGUUCUACAGAGCGCCAGAGGUCAUUCUGGGCUCUCGGUACGGGAUGCCGAUCGACAUGUGGUCUCUGGGCUGCAUCCUGUCGGAGCUGCUGACGGGUUACCCUCUGCUGCCGGGCGAGGACGAGUCCGACCAGCUGUCCUGCAUCAUGGAGCUGCUCGGCAUGCCGGCGCAGAAGCUCCUGGACGCCUCCAAGAGGGCCAAGAACUUCGUCUCCUCCAAAGGUUUCCCGCGAUACUGCACCGUCACCACGCUGCCCGACGGCACCACGGUUCUCAACGCGGGGCGAUCGAGGCGAGGAAAAGUCAGAGGAACGCCGGGAAGCAAAGAGUUCAGCACGGCGUUAAAAGGAUGUGACGACCCGUUGUUUCUUGACUUCCUGAAACAGUGUCUUGAGUGGGAUCCGGCGCUCAGAAUGACUCCGAGUCAAGCGUUGAGGCAUCCGUGGCUCAGGAGAAGACUCCCGAAACCACCGACAACAACGACGACGACGGGGAUUUCUGAUAAAACGCCUGUCGGGAAAAGCGCCAUAACCUCCAUUUCCAAACUCGCUACAACAACCACUUCCUCCACCACCGUCUCCGUCUCCUCCUCCUCCAAAACCAGGACUAAUUUGGCGGCGAUUACCGACGCCAACGGGAACAUUCAGCCGAGAACGGUGCUGCCGAAACUGGUCAGCUGAGAGUGAACGCACCCCGAGGGAUUGAAAUAAAAAAAGUCCAGUUUUUUUGGAGGAGUUUCUCUAAACGCUGGAGACUAAGCGUCGUCUGGGUUUUUGGCUGCGAUGUGAAGCCUGGAGGAUAAACUGGGGUGCGUUCAGAACAAAGAAAAGACACAUUGUGAGCGAGCAGCGAAACAGGAAGUGACCACACGACAAUCACUCUGUAGCUCCAAACACAUCACAACACAUGGUGCUGACGAGGGAACAAGGCUUUUUUAAUGUUUUUAACACAGAAUCUAUUUAGUGAGCUGAUUAAUCGACACCAAAAACUACUUUUUAACCUCUUAGUCUUACAAGGUCAUAUCUGCGGACAGUAAUAUUUAACGUGCUUUACUUACAUAAACGUCUGAUAUUUCCUUGUAAAACUAAAAUAAUCUUUGUCUCGUCAUAUCUUUAUGAAAUCCUCUUUUGUUACGCUUCAGUUUGGGGCAUUUGUUACUACUUUUAACUUAAAAAAAUACACAAUUAAAUCCAAACUGAAGCAUCUACCUGUUAGCUGGCUAACGAUCUUAGCUAGCUGUGUUAGCGUGCUAGUUUUGUGCCUGUCAGCUGGCUAAUAACCACGGGUUAGUUGUUAGACAGCUUUAUAUUUGUGUUUAGGUGUCACUUUAAUACCUUUUUACGAACUUUUAAAUCAGUCAGCUAGCUCCAGCUGGCUCACUGUUUGCCUUGUUUGGCAGUCUGGUGGCUAGCCUUAGCCUUUUGUUAGCCAUAGCCUGUUAGCUCUCCACCUGCCUCCGCCUUACGAAGCACAGAUUAUUUUAUGUCGUUUUAUUUUCUGAAGGUUAGCAGAAAGAGAGAAGACACAGUAUGUUGAGGUGAAGUAUUUUGUCUUUGAUUAUCAAAUCUGAUUAUUCAAGGAGGCAAAAUGGCUGAAGGAGGAGAAAAAGUUAAGUUUUAAAUAACGUUAAAAUCUAAAGGGCUCUGAUACAAAAAAACAACAACAACCGAAGUCUGGAUGAUAAACCUGUGGCUGGAGAACGACCUGAGAUUUAAAUUAGAUAAACAAAGUGAAUUAUUCCUGAUCCAGGAAAUGUAUAUUAAUAUAUUUAACCAGUCAUGAAAGCAAUGAUAAAGACAAGGCAUUGUGGGUUUAAAAAUACAAAAUGAAGGAGCCGGGCGAAGUGUUGAGAAUAUAAAACUAAGAUAUGGUUUAAAAUGUUUAUAUUUAACAUUAAAAAAAAACAAGAAACAUGCCAAGUUUCUUGUUUUUAUAAGCGGGAAAAUUAUUUUAUAAUUCUCUGAAAUUAUAUAAAAUGUUCGUGGUAAAGUUACCUAUUUAAAAAAAAAAAA